UAGAUGUAAAAAUGGAUAAAAAUGCACCUAAAAGAUCAAAAUUCGUAAUUCAGUAAUAAGUUCAUCUUCCUCAGCAAUGCCUGGGUCAUUGCCAACAAAUUAUGCAAGAAUAGGCCAUGCAGUACAACAACUGUUUCCAGACAUUCUCCAGGAGCUUAUUACGAUUAAAGAACCUCCUCAAAGGUUAUCCCAUGAUGUCAACUUAAACAAGUACUUGUCAAAAAUAUUAAGAUCUGAUGAAUUAUUAUUGAUAAGUAAUGUUAUGAUAAAUGGAUACACAGGCUUUGAUAUACCUCUUAUUUAUAAACUUGUAAGAAAUUUGAAUCUUGUACCACCACCUAUACAAGGAUGGGACCAUUCUACUGCUCCCUGCCCAACAGAAGUCACACCAGGAGAUGAUUUUGAAAGAAUCCGAAGAUUCAGAAAUGAAACUCUUCACAGAGGUAAUGCACAAGUAUCAGACACAGAAUUAUCACAGCACUUUACACAGUUUAAGGACAUUGCAGGCAGACUAGAGACUUACAUAGGAAAACAAACAGGAGAAUUUGUGGACAAGUUUAUUUAUUUGGAAACAUGCUGCAUGGAUGAGGAAACAAGUAACAUGUAUAUAGAGAGGCUUGAUAGGUUAAAGAAAAGUGAUGAAGACUGUAAAAAAAGAUUGAGUGCCCUUGAAGAAGAUGUUGAUGCAUUGAAAGAGAAAAAUUCAUCGACAACUCAUUUACUUGAUACCAUGGCAACAGAAAUACCUAGUGAAGAAUCAAAUUAUAUUAAAAUAUGUCUUCUAAUACUAAAAAUCUCACAACGUAUAGUUCGACUCAAGUUUGACACAGAGUUCCAUCCUGACUGCUUACAAGAAACUCUCAACAGAAGUAGUGGUAAGCUGAGAGAUCUUCUAAGGAAAAACAGAAUAAAUCAGCACCAGUGGACAUUGUUAUUUCCUCCAAAAGGUAAACCAUCAUCUGAAAAGUACGACAUUACACUUAUGAUAAAUUUGAUCAGAAAUCUGACAGACAUUCACAUCAGCAGUGAACUUCCCUUUCCUACACAAGUCAGUGUUGGUGAUGAUCUAUCCAGGAUACAUUAUUACAGAAAUAAAAUUGCUCACAUGGACAGUUUUAUAAUUGAGGAGGAUCAUUUCAAUAUUUACUGGGAAGAUAUAGCACAGGCUUUGCAUCGACUUGGUGGUGGAUCGUUCAAUGGAGAAAUUAUUGAAUUGAGGGAAAUGCAGAUUUUUGAAUCACAAAAGUCAGAUAGUCUACAUGAUAUACAAAUGCAAAACAGAAUUGUAGCUGUCGAAGAACAGCUUGUAGAAGUAACAGAAAGAAUGAUGUCACUUGAAAUACAACAGAAUGACCCUAUACCUAAAAAUAUCAAGGGCAAGUAUUACUUAAAAAUUUUCAUCUGA